AUGUCCGACGAAGUCUCCCAAUUUCUCGAACAGGUCGAGCGCCUGCGCGGUCAGCAAAUUGAAGACGAUGAGGCUCGAGCCCGCGAGAGGGAGGAGUUUCUUGCGGCGAAACGGGAGCGUCAAGCUCGGCGAGAAGAGCGCGCCAGGUCCAUCUCACCCCAGAAGUCCUCACCUGCAAACACACCUUCCCCACGCUCCAACCGCCAGAGCGUUCACGUUUCAGACUCUACAAGACUCGGCUCGCCAAUCCGGACCUCUGAAGCCAGCCAUAUCUCUGCCUCAACAUCGGUUGAGCAACAAACCAGUCCGAUGUUGACUGGCAGCUUGCCAGCUGGUGAGAAGGAAACCUCUGUCGAAGCAGAGGCGAAUCACAGGCAAAGUCCAACAUCCCCAGCCAAGACGCCUACCCUCUCGUGGCAGCAGAGGCGGCCCCCUUCCCGAGGUGCUGCCCGGCCGCUCAGUAUGGUGGCGGCUCAGAAUGCGACGCAGAGAUCUUUGGCAGAAACGCAAGGUCCAGCAUCCGUCACCGAGGAGAGCGUCGGCAAAGAUCAAAUCGCGAGAGCCUUGGGGUCCAAGGAUCCCUCCUGGUUUCGGCAGACGCCUGAUCGCGGUCAAGGAUCUGCUGCUUAUAGACGCCACCAAGUUGAAGACGAGGAUCGGCUGGACAUGACAUCUGUUGGAGCCCAGCUUCCGGGCCUGUCCAUUAUAGAUGCGACCUCGGAAAAUAGCUCGGAACGAAACCAUGGCCUAGAAGCGCCACCCAACUCCAAACUAGCCUCUCCCGCAACACUCAGCAGCCCUCCCCGAUUCGACGGAGCUUCCGACAGACCAGAAGAGCCUCGCGAGCUCCCGGCCCUCUCGGAAAGAGGAUCGCCCACAAGGUCACCGUCACCUACAAAGGGCCUAGGUGGCUUUGUCCAGAGCGCAAUGAUGAAACGAAGCGACAGUGUCAAACGCUGGAGUGUUGCCAGUCCUCCGGGCUUGACGAGAGCUGGCUCUGUAGCUGCAACAAGGGGAAACUACGACCGGUCAUCGGCGCACAAGGGCGCCAGACAGCCAGAUACGGCUGGAGGAAGCUCCGCAACUCCGACUUCCAGCAGGCCAACCUCGCAGCAUGGCGAGAAGCAGCCCGAGAUUGGGGAGGUGUCCAAGUCUUCCACCCAAGGCUCAAAGGCAAGCACAAUUCGCGAAACGGAGCGAGAAGAGGGAGAAGGGGGAGGAAAAGUAGAAGACGAAGAAGCAAGCGUCCCGACUAGUCCUUCGAAAACCAUGGAUCCCCGACGCUGGAGUCCCACAAAGUCCAGCUGGCUUGAAAGUGCUUUAAAAAGACCAGAGUCCCCGAAACAGUCCCCCACCGCUCCUUCUCAACCAAUGUGGAGGGACAAGGCUGCAAUGGAGUCGAACCGGCCGACGUCUGUCUCUCACAAGCAUCAGGUCAGCAUUGGGGGGCUCAUGCGAGAGUCGGCACUUGGAAAUGUGGCCAAAUCCAAUCCUACCGGGCUCGGGGGAAUAUACUCGCCGCCUGCAAACGCAAACCGACCUGCGUUCGGACACGGCUCCAAACCUAGCGCAUCCCACAAACCUGCCGGCUCGGACCUUGCCAAGAUUGAAUCUGAAGGAAAAUCGGAGGCGAAUCUGGAGAAACCCGCUGUCCAAGAAACAAAGCGAACGCCAACCAUGAGUCCACCGCCUAUCAAGCCAAAACCGCAGACUCCGCCGUUAAAAGACUUUAGAUCCAGUUUGAGGCAACGCCCAAAAGAGAAGGAAGCGCCAAAGUCUGACGAACCAGAGUUUAAAAACGUCUUUGGGAACUUGCGCAGGACCAAGACGCUGAAUUACGUUGCUUCUGACGAGCUCAAGUCCAACAUUCUUCGUGGCAAGGCAGCGCUCAACAUUACGGACGGACCCAGGAAGAGUGAAAAAAAGGACGAGUUCAAAGAUGCAAUCUUGAAGAAAAAGGCCGAUUUCAAAACCGCUCAAGCAGAGGGUCGAGGCGUUAGCAGGACGCCGACCCCUGCUGCAGAGCGGCCGUUUCCUGAGGGAUUGGCCAGACGAGCCGAGUUGGGCAAGCCGAUGACAGCUGCGGCCAAAGGAAGCCCCGUUUCAGAGGCGCAUGCAGCAACCCCAGCCGCAAAGGCCGACUCGCCAUUACCGAUUCCGGGACCCAAGAGAAUUCCGAGUGGUUCGGCUGUUUCAGCCAGAUCGCCCAAUGCGGUGCAGGUUCCUGCGCAGAGCCCGAGCGGGGACAAGUUGAGGCGUGCGUCAACGGAACCUCCAUCGGAGAGGGUAAAGAGUGAACCUUCAAAGCCGGCCAAUCUACCGAGCGAGGCAAGCAGGCCGUUGAAGCUUCAGGCCCAAGUUCAAGCUGGCCCUGGGGGCGGAAAGUUAGCGAAUCGCUUCAACCCGGCUUUGGCCGGACUGUUGGCAAAGGGACCCCCUGCUAUGUCUGUAAAUGGCGGCCGAGGGACUGACGAUUCUGGAGAGUCGGCGAGGCCAAGAGCUGGCGAAUCUGCGGAGCCCUCUGUGCCUGGGCCUCAACUUACACACAUGACUAAGAACCGAGCGCGUGGUCCGAGGAGAAAAGCACCGACGGGCUCGAUGGCAGGGCCUAGCGCUUUUCCAAGCCAGGUUGCGUCCAAACAGCCGUCUUUCACCCAGACGGAGAGUCGGGUCCAAGAGAAGAUGCCAGAGCCCGAAGCUGAAGGCGAGUCAUCGGCAUUGAGCGACAAGACUGCCGUUGAAGCCGCCACCACCACCAUCACCACCACCACCGCCACCACACUAGAACAGAAGCAAGCAUCUCUGCCAAUCCAGCAGCAAGUGGCGGCCAAGGCGACUCUGCGAGGGCGGCCUUUGCCAUCGCCCGUCCCUGGAAAGGAAUCUUUUGAAUCAGCCAAAGCAAAUACGUCAGCGGCUCCACAGAUUUCUACUAGAAGAGAGCAGGCUUCAGAGGCUGCCAAGAUGGCUUUGUCUUGCUCUGUAAAAGUAAGUCCGGAGGCCGAAAACGACACUGCUCCGGAAUCUUCACCCAAGAGGUUGAAUGUCAGACGAAUGUCUCGGUUCUUGGAUGAGACAUCGUCCAAAGAGGCAGAGCAGGAGCUGGCGAGAAGACUCGAGCAGCAACGCACAGGGUCAAGAUCGCCCACCAAACUCGUAGAGCCGCCGUCGCCUGCCAAGAGCGACCGGGACUGUCUCCCCUCCAUGAGGGAGCCCUCGCCCCUGUUCGGUGUGCCGUCGUCUCCAGUGUCCAAGUCGCCGUUUGACAAACCUGCGACGUCCGGCGGCUUGAGUAGCCGAAGCAGGCCGAUAUCAGGCCUCUCUACCGGUGGUCUCAAAUCGCCCAGCACCAUACCGUCGCCGGCCCGUUCCCCUACCAAGCAGGCGCAAGAAGUGUUUGUCAUCCUCACAGACUUCUUCGGUCCCCGACGGACCAGGCAAGCCCUGAAAGUUGACGCCGCCCAGAUCCUGAUGAACCGUCCCGAGACUGGUGGUAAGGUGACGAGUCUGGGGUUUCAAUUGUUCCGGGUCCUAGGGGAUGGGAAGAAGCUGCCGGUUGCGCCCCAGCACGAGCGAGUCUUGUUCGACCAGGAAAUGUACGUUUGCUCGCAUCAUUCCACUGACGCUGCGGGCAAGAAGUCGUUUGAGAUUUACUUCUGGGUGGGUGACGAGGUGGCCAAGCCUGCAGCCGAAGACGCACAGCUCUUUGUACAACGAGAGGCUCGCUCGGUCGGGGGCAAACUUGUCAGACUGGUCCAGGGCAAAGAGACGGCCGAGUUUGUGCAAGCUCUCGGUGGCGUCAUCAUUGUUCGGAAGGGCUCGAGCAACAGGUUCGACUCACUGGCGACGAGCAUGCUGUGCGGCCGACGCUACCUGGGCCAGGUGGCUUUUGACGAGGUGGACUACGGGCCUGGCAGCUUGUGCUCCGGAUUCACGUACCUCAUCACAAAGGGAGGCAGCUGUUACAUGUGGAACGGCAAGGGCAGCGACGUUGCCGAAGUCAGCUGCGCAAGACUAGUCGGCAUGGACCUGACGCUGACUGGAGAACUGGUCGAGUACGAAGACGGCAGCGAGCCACCCUCGUUCUGGGACCUGUUUGAAGACGAAGGCUCGAGGCCACACUCUGCGGACCACUGGCGGCUCAAGCCAAGCUAUGACAAGUACUGCAGCCGGCUAUUUUGCUCGGAUGCAGACACGCGUCAGCAGAUUUUCGAAAUCAGCCCGUUUAACCAAGAUGAUCUCUCCUCAGAAGGCAUCUACAUCCUCGACGCCUUUUUCGAGAUUUACGUCAUCGUCGGAUCCCGAGCCGGUUCCCAGUACGCGUCGUUUUGCAACGCCCUUGAUUUCGCACACGAGUACGGCAUCCUCGCCUCAGGCAUGGAAGACCGCCCUUUUGUCCCGGUGUCGACAGUGGUGCUGGAGGGCAUUCCGCGCGACUUGAAGCGCGUCUUUAGAAAGUGGGACGACGGAAAGAGCCCGACGGUCACCGUGAAGCCGACAGGAACAGGGUUGAAGAGGGGGAAGAGCUUGCGGGUGGUGACGCUUACGCAGGCAUUGCAGGCGUUGAGGGAGUGA